CCGCGUGGCAUUCCGUCCCCCCCGCGUGACGCCAACAAUGCCCAACAACGCAGCCAUCGGAAGCAUCGUCGCCGCCGUCGGCGUCGUCGCCGUGGUCUGCGCGAUCGCCGCGGUCACGAGCUCCAAGAAGGAUCGCAAUGGCGAGCUCACCGCCAACGUCAGGCUCUCCACCGUGUGCUCCGUGACGCGGUACCCUGGCAGGUGCGAGCAGAGCCUCGGCCCCGUCGUGAACGACACCAUCGACCCCGAGAGCGUCCUCCGCGCCGCGCUGCAGGUGGCGCUCGAAGAGGUCACCAGCGCGUUCAACCGCUCCAUGGACGUCGGCAAGGACGACGACGCCAAGAUCACCAAGAGCGCCAUCGAGAUGUGCAAGAAGCUCCUCGACGACGCCAUCGAAGAUCUCAGGGGCAUGGCGAGCCUCAAACCCGAGGAGGUCACGAAGCACGUCAACGACCUCCGGUGUUGGCUGUCCAGCGUCAUGACGUACAUCUACACCUGCGCCGACGGCUUCGACAAGCCGGAGCUGAAGGAGGCCAUGGACAAGCUCCUGCAGAACUCCACCGAGCUGAGCAGCAACGCGCUCGCCAUCAUCACCAGCCUCGGCGAACUCAUGCCGGCUGCCAAGUCGAACGGAUCCACCGGCGCGCACCGCCGGCUUCUCGGGUUGCAGGGCAGUGAGGCGGCAGAGGGGGUAAGCUUGCGCGAGCUUCUUGCCGUCCACGACAAGGUACAGGAGCUCACAGAUGUGAAAGACGUCAGCCGCCAUCUCUUGUCCGAGACGCUGGACGCGAUCACCGAGAUGUCCCACGACGCAGGCCGCCGCCUUCUUGGCGUCACGCUCAGCGAAGCCACAGACGACAGCGACGACAGUGGCCUCCCCGGCCGCCGGCUGCUGAGUAUGUCUUUCCACGACGCCGACCACGGGGUGCACGGCGGCGAUCAUCGGCGGCUGAGUAUGUCUUUCCACGAUGCUGACCACGAGGUGCACGGCGGCGAGCAUCGGCGUUUGAGUAUGUCUUUGAACGACGCCGACCCCGAGGAGCAAGGCGGCGAGCAUCGGCGUCUGAGUAUGUCUUUAAACGACGCCGACCCCGAGGUGCAAGGCGGCGAGCAUCGGCGGCUGAGUAUAUCUUUGAACGACGCCGACCCCGAGGUGCACGGCGACGAGCAUCGGCGGCUGAGUAUGUCUUUGAACGACGCCGACACCGAGGUGCACGGCGGCGAGCAUCGGCAGCUGAGCAUGUCUUUGAACGACGCCGACACCGAGGUGCACGGCGGCGAGCAUCGGCGGCUGAGUAUGUCUUUGAACGAGGCCGGCACCGAACAGCCCAGCGGCGAGCAUCGGCAGCUGAGUGUGUCUUCCAGUGACGCUGGCUCCUCCACGGACUCCACCUCCGACUCCGAUACGCCCGGCGGCGACCCCAAGGAGCCCGCGGCCGUUGAUGACUCCAAAAACGCCGUCCCCGGGGAGCCCGCCGCCGCCGCCGCCGCCGAGCAUCGGCAGCUGGGCACGCUUUUCAACGCUAUCCACAACAUGACGAGCAAGGCCGACACCGUCAAGCGCCGGCUGCUGAGCAUGCCACAAGACGGCUCCGACGCCACCGAGCACGAGGGCGGCGGGCGCGCGCUUCUGUCCAUCCAGCUCCAGAGCAUCGCCGACAUGUCCGCCGAGAUGAACCGCCACCUCCUCGCGGCGGAGCUCCCCGACGAGCUCGCCGGCAAGCGGCAGCUCCUGUCCACGACGCUCAGGGAGCUCAACGAAGCAACCACGGCGGCGAAGGGCCAGCUCGACAAGAUCGAGAACGGCACGGUGCACUCCGACGCCAUCCCGGAGCGAAUUCUCGGAGAUGAGUACAGGGCCACCCCCCACCACCGGCUGCUCACCACGGACGUCGUCGGCACGAUCGAAGACAUCGAACACGAGCGCCACAACCAGCCCAAGCCCGGCGAGUUCCCGUCGUGGGUGUCCGCCCACCAGCGGCGUCUCCUGCAGGCCGGCACGCAGAAGCCCGACAAGGUGGUCGCCAAGGACGGGAGCGGCGACUUCAAGACGAUCACCGAGGCCGUCAACGCCGUGCCCAAGAACUCCCCGACCCGCUUCGUCAUCUACGUGAAGGCCGGCGAGUACAACGAGUACGUCACCAUCCCCAGCUCGUUGCCCAACAUCUUCAUGUACGGCGACGGCCCGACCAAGACGCGCGUCCUCGGCAACAAGAGCAACAAGGACGGCGUCGCCACCAUGGCCACCCGCACCUUCUCGGCGGAGGGGAAUGGAUUCGUGUGCAAGUCGAUGGGGUUCGUGAACACGGCGGGGCCGGAGGGGCACCAGGCGGUGGCGCUGCACGUGCAGGGGGACAUGUCGGUGUUCUUCAACUGCAAGUUCGAGGGGUACCAGGACACGCUGUACGUGCACGCCAACAGGCAGUUCUUCCGGAACUGCGAGGUGACGGGGACCAUCGACUACAUCUUCGGCAACUCGGCGGCGGUGUUCCAGAGCUGCCUCAUGACGGUGCGGAAGCCGAUGGACAACCAGGCGAACAUGGUGACGGCGCACGGGCGCACCGACCCCAACAUGCCCACCGGCAUCGUGCUCCAGGAUUGCCGCAUCGUGCCGGAGCAGGCGCUCUUCCCCGUCCGCCUCCAGAUCGCCAGCUACCUCGGCCGGCCAUGGAAGGAGUACGCGAGGACGGUGGUGAUGGAGAGCGUCAUCGGCGACUUCAUCAAGCCGGAGGGGUGGUCGGAGUGGAUGGGCGACGUGGGGCUCAAGACGCUCUACUACGCCGAGUACGCCAACACCGGGCCAGGCGCCGGCACAAGCAAGAGGGUGACGUGGCCGGGAUACCGCGUCAUCGGCCAGGCCGAGGCCACGCAGUUCACCGCCGGCGUCUUCAUCGACGGCUUGACGUGGCUCAAGAACACCGCCACGCCCAACGUCAUGGGCUUCGUCAAAUGAUCGAUCACGUAUCAUAUGCCAUCAUCACAUCGAGUCUCCACACUUAAUUUGCUAGUAUAUAUUUGUUUAGUUUGCGAGGAAUUUUACGGUCAGGUACCACCAGUUACGUUAACUCGUUGUGUAUGGUACAUUUUUUUUUGCCUCGUCAGGCAUUGAAGCACACUUAGACAAGUGCGUGUGUAUUUAAGAGGAAAUGUACAUGUGGAGGAUAUGAAAAAGAAUGUAUUAUGCAUUUUAAUUUAUCAACUUACUAUA